UCCGUGCUUUUAAGCUAUAUUAUAUCGCGGAGCACAAAUACGUGUUUCUUACGAAGCCGUUAUGUCGCAACCUAAGAUCUAGUUUCUUUUCCGAACCAACAACAAGUGCUUAGCUGCAGCCAGCACCACACAGCUCAAUCGCCGGGUAAACCUAAGAAAUUAGCUCCAAUUAAGGCCCUCUGUGUUACACUACUAAUACUUUUGCUGAGCUAAACUUCUUGGAGUAGUGUUGGAUGUCGUUUCGUAAAGUGAAUUACUCAACUCGGAAUUAAAACUGCUUCACUUAUUGAAACUAUUAUUACUGCUUUGUUAUUGAAACUCUAGUCUUGCUUAAACGACUCGAUCCCACGAUUUUGUUCUAAGGCUUGGAUUUUACCUAUAUCUGCUCUUUUGCUUCGGUACUUAAUUGAACGACUAUAGAACCGUUUUCUCCUAUUAUUGGUCUCGUAUUCUUCAUCUCUACUUUGUUUCAGCAAAAACUUUUCGAUUUUAUUGCAAUCUUGCCUAGACGCUCCUUUGUUGACUCACAGUGGAUUUCCUACAUACAGUCUUUUCAUUGCUAAAACAAUUUGUUGGAGAAUUCGUUUUCCAUCUAUGAAUUGGGCUCACUUUUUAUCCUUUUAGCAGUUCAUUUCACGCUUCUCUCUGAAAAAAGAAAAAAGACGCUUUGUCACACAGGCCCCAAAUGUCCUCAACUUCCUUUUCUUUGGAAGAUGUAGCUGUCCCAACAAACACAAACCCGCAUCGGUGUUCAGCCCGACUUCACCGUCAUGUGGCUCCUUCUCCCGCCAAUAGCUCAUUGAGCAGCUUCAUUACUCUUCAUGUUCGUGGGAACUUGGAUGCGGCUACAGUCACAGACAUUUAUACAAGCAUUGCUGAUGCCCCAGAUCCUGGUGACACAGACACAAACGGAGUUGAGUAUGUUACAAUCACCUCUACUUCCCAAUUUCUUUAUACCUACAGUGCUCCAGCACCUACGACAACAUCUUCUUCACAGAAUGAACCAACACCGACGACAUCCUCUUCCCAGAUAGUUUCCGCUUUCUCUACACAGCCUUUUACAACCUCACCUGCUCCUUCUACCGUUUCAUCGACAGCUCCUGUGGCUUCCACUUCCUCACCCGCUGCUCCCGCUUCUACUCCAACCAGGCCAAACCAUACAGUUGGAAUCGUCGUUGGUUCUGUUAUUGGUGGUGUUGCAGCAGUAAUUCUUCCUUUUAUUAUUUUAUACGCAAUACGUUGCUACAAACGGAAGAAGUAUUUGGCUGAACAACGUGAAUUUGAGAAACAGUUAGAAGAAGAAAAGUCACGGCUUGCCGUUUUGCGGGAUGCUACCAACGAGCCGAAAGUUGGAUAUCGCGGCGGUAUUCAGGUUCAGGAAACUUUACCUCCAUGGGCUCCCCAAUCAUUACGAAAUUCUAUUUUACGGACACACCGGUCUAUGCCCCCGGAUAGGCGGUUCAGUGAUUGCCGUUUCAGCAGUCUUUUGUUAUCCAAUACCUCCGAAAUCCCAGCUAUUCCUGCUCCAGCUGCCACAGAUUUUCCUCGUGUUUCUCGAAACUUUUCAUUCUCUUCUGUGACCUCUGCCAGCUUUUAUAAUGAUUUUGCUAAACCAAGAGCUCCUUCUCGACGUUCAAUUUCAUAUGGUGCUGCACAAUCUUUAGAGGGAAGACCACUUGCUCCUAUCCCUGGCCGAACCCUCAUUUCUCCUACUGCUGCUUUAGAAUCCAGCUCAAACUCACUCGCCUCAUCUGUUUCUGAUCGGAGAAGUUUAGAUGCCUCCGAAAAGGACAUGGAUACUAAAUCGAAUUACUCCUUCGCUUCUGCUCACUCUUUGGACAGAACGGCAACUACCAAAUCAACCAAGUCCGUCCCUGACAAUCCUUUCCAAAGUCCGAAGAAGUAAAUCAAAGUUUUUCGUUAUAGGUCUGUAUUGAAGAAUUGCGUUUACUGGUGUUAUCUUUGUUUUUAUUCGUUUGAUUUUUUUCAAACACAGUCUUUUUUGCUCAUCUGGUGAAAUGUCAAGCAAUUAAACCUCUUUAUGUCAUUGAUACUGCUCGCCAUUUGAACAUAACCCUUCAUGAUUUCGCGUAAAAGCGAUUCACAAACAUCUUUCGGUUUAUAUUUUAUUCAUCGUUCCCUCAUUCUCCACAUUCUCUGUUAUCAUGUUUUUUGCUAGUUCAUUUUUAUUUUGCAGCUCUUUUUUGGCCUUCAUAUUUGAUUCCUUUAUUAUUGUCUUUGGCUAUGUUACUGAAAUUUACCGACAUUAAUUUCUGAAAAGCAUUGCCACAUAUGCUGUCCCGUUCUUGUUCAAUAUGUAUUUAUUCUCUGAAAUACGUGCUACCAUUUCUUCGGUUCAACUCCUUUCGGAGGCUUCGUUUCAAACUUUCGCGUACCUACAUCGUUCCAGUUCGUUGAGAGUGCAGUACCAUUGCUUUCAACAAAGCUUUUCAUCAUCGCACGGCGUGUGUCAUCGUCGGCAUCAUGAUAGAUUUGUUGAAAUAAAUUGUUAAGGGCGGCUUCUCCCGAUGCUUGCGGUUCAUCCUCUUCCAAUUCUGCUACCAGAUUAUCCCAGUUUUUUUUAUUUUGUUUAUGUGAAGUUGCAGUAGCUGAGGAUGGAGUUGUUGAUACGGAAGAGUGCACUCUCUGGAUAUUGGAAUGAUUAUCUUUUUGUUGUAACGCCUCCCAUUUUAUACAUCCAUUUCGUUUCUUCAAACUGAUCUCUAUUUUGGUCCUGCGAAUGUCUAAGGUUGAAUCUUCCGUUGCAAUCUCAUCGUACAGUGGUUCUAGCGUAAGGGUGUAUACACUGUUGUCAGGUAGUGCAAAGUUUAGGGAAAGCUGUUUGUAAGUUAGUAUUAACUCAAACGAGUACUUGCUUUCUUCUAGCACUUACAUUAUUGCAAGUGAGUUCGUAAUGUACGGAACUGGGGUCGACAUUUUUGGCAUAAAUGUCUAUGCUCACGUAGUUAUCCGACUGGGACCAGUCGUAUCGUACUUUCUGAGCUAACGUUGUUGCUUUUACCGCUGUUGUUUUUGCUGAACAUUGUUCUUUUUUGUCAAGACUAAGUGACAAGUCCUUGAUCAAAUUCUCAAGUUCGUUGUUCUGGGGUCGUUUCGUUACCGUUACUGUCUUCAUCUCCUCCUCUGUAGCAUUCGCUAGUUCUUUUUCGGUUUUUGCUAUCCAAGAUUCGAGUUCCUUAUCUUUAUAAAUGUGUUCUUUUGCCCAUUGAAAACAGAGCCCGGCGUUUGCGUAUUCCUCUGUACAAAAGUAACUAAUUCUACAA